CGGGGUGCUGUACCCUCGCUGCAGCUGGGCGGCUAGUUCAAGUUGCCAUAGCUGCGAGUCUGGGAAGAGUGGAGUCGGUUGCGCUGUAGCGUCUGGUCAGAUACGCUUGUAGGUCCCUGGUGGCCGCGGGAGCCGGGAGGGACCUCGGCGAUGAUCCAGCAUUGACGACCUGGGGUCCUCUUCUCUCUCAGGUGGUUUUGGGAAAGUGUAGGGGCACCCAGAGAUCAUCUACUUGACUAGGCCUUUUGCCCUGAACCUAAUGAAGAAAUGAUAGGAGGCAGAGAUGGAUGCCUAAGAAGAGCACUGAGCUCAGAGGAGAGCAACACGGAGUUUUGGGGGUGUGCUUUGAUUUGCGUUCAUCAAUGGCAGAAUCCUCCAGUGAUUCAGAACACUUAUGCUCUCGUGACCGAUUGAGUCGAUGGACUGCCAGGUCAACACACAGGGAAACUCUAAAUUAUCCUGCAGUAGAUGUCACCCAGAAGGUCAACAGUAUAACAAGUACUCUACAGGAUACCAGUCGGAACUUGCGACAAGUAGACCAGAUGCUUGGACAGUAUCGAGACUAUAGUGACGGGCAGGCGGGUGCUAUUGAACAUUUAAAAGAAAGCUUGAAACAAUCAAUAGGCCAACUGCGGAGUCAGCGUUUAUUGAGGAACUCAGGAGGGAGAAGUGUUUCUGUUACAAGUCUGAGUGCAAGUGACCUCGAUGGUGGCACUGUGGCAGAAAGCCACCGUUUUCCACCUACCUCACCUCUUAAGGACUAUGGGGACCAACAGGGUAUUAAACGUAUUAGGUCCAGAACUGGUGUCCGAUUUGUUCGGGAGACAGAUGACAUGGGCCAGCUUCAUGCUUUUCAUCAGUCCCUCCGAGACCUCAGCAGUGAACAAGUUCGCCUUGGAAAUGAUUUCAGCCAGGAACUUGUCAGACGAAGCCGAUCGGAUGCUGAAACAAAAAGGGCUUUGGAAGAAUUGAGUGAAAAACUUAAUGAAGCCCAAAAACAAGAAGUGGUUUCAGAUCGGGUGGAGAGACGGCUUCAGGAAAUAGAAAGAGAGAUGCGCACAGAAAGAGAGCUGGUGGAGAAACGGCAGGAUCAACUGGGACUUAUUUCUUUGCAGCUACAGGAGGCAUUGAAGAAACAAGGAGGUAAAGCAGAUGAGAAUGAGGAUGUAAUGAAAAAUAAGCUAAGACAAACUGAAACCCAGAAGAGUCACCUUGAACAGGAAUUGGAGCUAUCUCGAAGGCUAUUGAAUCAGUCAGAAGGCAGCAGAGAAACACUUUUGCAUCAGGUUGAAGAACUCCGUAUGCAACUUAAGAAAGCAGAAGGUGAUCAAAAGGGUUUACAGCAUCAAGUAUCUCAGAUUUCCAAGCAACAGUCAAACCAUCAGGAUGUACAUGGAGAUGACUGGUGGUUUAGGAGAGGAGUUGAGCGGGGAAAAGAGAAUCUGGAGAAGCAGAUGUCAGAGUUGAAAGUGCAGCUGAACUUCAGUGCAUUGGCAUCUGAGUUAGAGGAAGUGAAGCGGAGCAUGGAGCGAAAAGACAAGGAGAAAGCACAUUUUGCAGCUCAAGUAGAGAAUUUAACACUUGAAUUGGAGAACAAAGAAAAACAGCAGCUACAGAUGUUGGAUCAGCUUAAGGAGAUCCAGAAUCACUUUGAGACAUGUGAGGCCAAGCGUCAGAGUGCUGACCUCCAGAUCUCGGAACUGACUCACCAUGCUGAGGAUGCAACCAAGCAGGCUGAGCAGUACCUCGUGGAGCUCCAGCAGUCAGAGGCCCUGAGACAGGAGGCAGAGAAGAGGAGAGAAGAGCUGAAACUGAAAGCUCAGGAGGCCAUUAGGCAGUGGAAGCUUAAGCAUAAGAAGGUAGAGCGAGCAUUGGAGAAACAAUCUGAAACUCUUGAUCAACUGACAGACCAGAAUAAUAAGAUUCUAAAAGAAAAGGAUGAAUCGAAAAGCCAGCUUUAUGCAGCAUUACAACAAAUAGAGAAUCUCCGAAAAGAACUGAAUGAUGUUUUAACUAAGCGUGCCCUUCAAGAGGAGGAACUUCACUGUAAGGAGCAGAAACUAAGUGAUGUUAGGGCUCUUCAAGCUGACCUUGAACGAGAAGUCAAGGAUUCUCUGGACACCAUCCAGAGUCUAGAAAGUGAAUUGAAAAAGCAGAAUAAGAUUCAAAGCCAGAUGAAAGUUGAGAAAACUCAGCUGGAAGAAGAAAUUGCAGAGCUAAAGAAGAGCCAGGCCAAGGACAAAGCUCAGCUCCUUGAGAUGCAGGAGGCCAUUAAGGAUCUGAGUGCCAUCCGGGCAGAUCUGGCUAAUAAACUGGUUGAGGAACAGAGAGCCAGGAAAGAGGUGCUGAAGAACCUUUCUGACCUUAAGACACAGGCAAAGUCCAAAGAUGAAGAAACAGCUACAAUCAUUACACAGUUAAAGCUGGAGCGAGAUGUUCACCAGAGGGAGCUGGAAGAUCUCACAUCAUCACUGCAGAGUUUGCAAAAGAAACAUGAACAGAACAUCCAGGAGCUGAUGAAGCACUUCAAUAAAGAAAAGAGUGAGGCUGAGAAUCAUAUUAGGACACUGAAGGCAGAAAGCUUAGAAGAUAAGAAUAUGGCUAAAGCCCAUCUUUGUCAGCUAGAGAAGUUGAAAUCACAGUGUGACAGGCUGACAGAGGAGUUAUCCCAGAAUGAAAAUGAAAACAAAAAACUGAAGCUGAAAUAUCAGGGUUUGAAGGAACAACUAGAAGAAAAGGAAAAACAUCUAAGCAAUGAAGAAGAGCAUUUAAGGAGGAUGGAAGAGGCCAGAUUGCAGCUCAAAGAUCAGCUUCUUUGUCUGGAGACGGAACAGGAAUCCAUUCUUGCUGUGAUAGGAAAGGAAAUUGAUGCAGCUUGUAAAACCUUCUCCAGGGACUCAAUGGAGAAAUUGAAAGUCUUCUCAUCUGGUCCUGAUAUUAAUUAUGACCCACAUCGCUGGUUAGCAGAAAGCAAGACUAAACUUCAGUGGCUCUGUGAGGAACUGAAAGAGCGAGAAAACAGAGAGAAAAGUCUGCGGCACCAGUUGAUGCUGUGCAGACAACAACUCAGGAAUCUGACGGAAAACAAAGAAUCUGAGCUCCAGUGUCUCUUUGAACAGAUAGAAAGACAGGAGCAGCUUCUGGAAGAAAUACAUCGGGAGAAGAGAGAGAAAACCAUUCCAUCUUGAGAGUUUUUCCUUCAGCUGCUCUGUCCCUCCUGUGUACGUAGCACUUGUGUCUGUUGGUCGUUUGCAAGUGUUAACUUGGUAAGACAUGUUUGCUCUUCCCUGGUAUAAUGACAAAAUAUAUUCAACAGAUACUCAUUCAGUGAGUGUUUACUCUGUGCUUAUGUUGUCUUGGGCAUUAUUAUAGGUGCUGGUGAUACAUUAGUGAAUUAAGCAGAAAAAAUUCCUGCUCUUGUUUAGCUUAUAUUAUUUUGAGUGGGGUGACAAAAAAAAAAUGUAAUAAAAGAAGGUUGUAUGCAUAAUGGUGAAAAUAAUAGAGUUAAGGGGAGGAGAAUUUUGGAGAACAUGGGACACGGUUUACUAUGUCUAUUAUGUUAGCUAUACUUCACUUUAAAAGUUAGACAGGAGACUUGGAAAACUACUUUUCUGUUCUGCUCUACUAGAGAUGUAUCUUGAUGGGAAGAAGAAAAACAGCAUGUUUGGGAAUCUUUGGUAUGCCUUAUGUUUUGUUGGAUUUAAGUCUUCCUUAUUGUUGAACUUUAUUAAUUUAAGAAUCAUAAAGAAGGUUAAUAUAUUGUCCCACUAAGAAAAACUAAACAUUAACAUAUGGUAGUCCUAUCAAAUAAAUUUUUUGUUUUUCAUUUUUGUGAUCAGGAUUAUUCUCUCCAUAUGUACUACUUAAAAAUUUUCCACUGCUGUAUUGCAAUGAUUCUUAUUUUUUUAGGGGAUAAAGACCAUUUUACAUUCUUAAAAUUUUUGAGAAUUUAAAGAGCUUUUAUUAAUGUAUGUUAUAUGUAUCAAUAUCUAUGAUGUGAAAGCUGAAUAUUUAAAAGUAUUCCUUUGAAAUAACUAUUAUAAACCCAUUACAUAUUAGCAUAAAAUUAAUUGAAUUUAACUAUUUCCCAAUACAAAAAGAUUGGUUGCCUCUGCAUUUAAUCUGUUGUUAUUACAUGUCAUGUAACAUCUGGAAAAACAGCACUUUUCAUUCAUGAGAAAUUGUGUGUGAAUAAGGCAAAUAAUAUCUUAGUAUUUUUAUUAAGGGGUGUCAUAUGGUCCCCAAACCACCCUUUAAUAAUUGCUGGUUAGUGCAACUGAAAUAUAUAAACUCUGCCAUUAGUAAAAGUCAGAGGAGCUGUUGUAUUUUUUUAAAUGGUACAAUAGGAUCUAAUUAUUGCACUUACGGAUAGAACUCUGUAUGAUCUCUAUACAUGUUACAGAUUGUUGAUAUUUAACACUAGUUUACAAGCCAGUUUUUCUUUUAGUAAAUAUUAUCAAUAUUGUCACCCUGUAAAUUAUUUACUUUGUAUCCUGCAACCUUGUUAAGCUUGUCAAGCAAGUUAUUAAUUUCAGUAGCUUUUAUUGUUGUUGGUUCCUUAGUAAUUAGGGUUUUCCUUGUACAUGAUCAUGUCAUCUGCAAAUGAGGACAGUUUUGCUUCUCCCUUUUUCUUUUUUCUUGUUUUAUUCAACUGGUUGGGAUCUCUAGUACAUAUUAGACUAGGCUUAAUAUACUGAACUAAUUCCUAGGAUAAACUACACUUUGUCAAAAUGUACUUUCCCUUUUGCAUGUGAAUUUGAUUUAUUAAUAGUCUGUUAAGAAUUUUUGAGUGUAUGUUCAUGAGGAGUAUUGGUCUAUAGCUUCC